AUGAUUGUGCCCUCUAUAUUAGUGUCGUGGCUUAUGGGAGUCGUUUGUGCUUCUUAUGUCGAUUAUGUCAAUAACACAUUGCAACCUGUUCAACGCCAACUUCUGGAUUUCAAACUGCAACAUCCGGAACCUGUCGGAAUAUUAACAACAACGGCCGGGAGACCAGUAGAUAUAAGAGAAACAAUUACUCUGAAUAAUGAUGGUCUUACUUCAAACGAAUAUCUUUUGGAUCAUAUGUUGCACUUUGAUGCUGAGAGGAUACCUGAAAGAGUAGUACAUGCUAAAGGAGCAGGCGCAUUUGGUUAUUUUGAAGUAACUCAUGAUGUGUCCCAAUAUACAAAAGCAGACGUUUUUAACGUUAUUGGUAAAAGAACUCCUGUUGCCGUUAGAUUUUCAACGGCUCUAGCGAGCAAAGGUGGGAAUGAUCUCUCUAGGGAGUUAAAAGGUUUUACUGUAAAAUUUUACACGAAUGAAGGAAACCUAGAUUUGUUAGGGUUAAAUAUACCUGUUUAUUUUUAUGCAGAUCCUAUACUUUUCUCUGCAUUUAUUCAUGCUUUCAAAAAAAAUCCACGCACCGAUUUAUUCGACUCAACUGCGCGAUGGGAUUUCAUGGUACUAAAACCCAGUGUUUUGCACGCAUUAUUUUGGAUCUUUUCUGACUAUGGUAUUCCAAAUGGAUACAGGAAAAUGGAUGGAUUUCCAAUACACGUGUAUGAAUUGUGUAAUGAACACGGGGACAGAUAUUACGCUAAAUUCAAUUUCAGAACUGAACAAGGUUUUGAAAAUUUAACAACAGCUGAGGCAGCCGCAAUAUCAGCUGAAGACCUAGACUAUGGUAUACGAGAUUUGUAUAAUAAUAUUGCUCUGAAUAAUUUUCCGUCGUGGCGACUAGAAAUGGAUAUUAUGUCAUUGCAUGACAUUACUAACAUUGAUUAUAAUCCCUUCGACGUUACGAGAUUAUGGAAAAAUGGCACUUAUCAUACUGUACAAAUUGGACGAUUAGUACUGGACAGGAAUCCUGAUAAUGUUUUUAAAGAUGUAGAAAAAAGUGCGUUUAAUCCGGGAAAUUUAGUAUCUGGUAUAACCGGUUCUCCAGAUACGCUGUUUAAAGGUAGAAAAUUAUUUUAUAGAGAUACAUUAAAUUAUCGUUUAGGGACUAACCAUAAUAAAAUUGAUGUUAACGCACCGAAAUAUCUUAAGACUUAUAAUCGUGAUGGAGUAGCACCAGUGGAGGAUAAUAUGAAAGACGCACCUAAUUACUAUCCAAAUACAUUCAAUGGUCCAGUGCCUAUUGUCGAUGAAUCCCGUCCCAAACAACGAAUGAUUGUAUUUGAAAGUAAUGCUGUUGACUUACAACCUCAUUCUGAUUUUUACAUAUACGUUUUGAGUGAUGAAGGACAAAGACAGAGAUUUAUUGAUAACAUUGUUUUAACACUUGUGCCGGUGGUUCCGAAAGUUCGAGAGAGAGCUCUGAACCUUCUUACUCUUAUACACUCGGAAUUAGGUAGAAGAGUUCGUGCGGGAGUAACAGCAGCAAUAGCUAUAAAUUAAUCAAUUAACACAAUAUUUGGGUUAAAUGUCUCUUACUUGUACAUGAAUAAUGUUCAUUAUAUAGAUUGUAUUUUUUAAUAAUAUAAUUAGAAAUUUUAUUACAAUUGAGGUUCCUACUCAU